AUUUUGUGAUCUUAGCAAGCAUUUUCAAUAUACUCCACACGAAGGCGCACUUUUUAGUUGCUUUUGUUGAUGGUGUUGUUGUUGUUGUUGUUGUUGUUUUUGCAUAAAUAUUUUUGCAGGCAGCGUCGUCGUCGUCGUUAGAGAUUUGGUUGCGGAUUUUGGGGCUUGGGCAUUUGCAGUUCGCUCGAUUUGUUGGCUUGGCUAUAAAAAGCAAUUGUCGCUCAGCAUCAGAACCACAGAGUGAGUUCAUUUGUCAGCCAAGCAGCAGCAAAAUCUCUAGUAAAAACUCCAGUAAAUCUUCAAAAACAAAAAAAAAAAUGGCACAAAAAUUGUUGCUCGUUGUUGUCAGCGCCUUGGUGGCUGUGGCCAAUGCUGUGGUGGUGCCUGGUCAUGGACUCGCUCUGCCCGGAUAUCCUAGCCUGGCUGCGCCCGUCUAUCCUGGACUGGCCAAGGUGGCCGUCGCCAAGGUGGCUGGACCCGAGCCAUACGAUCCCAAUCCACAGUACAGCUUCAGCUACGAUGUCCAUGAUGGCUCCACUGGCGAUGUGAAGAACCAGCAGGAGACGCGCAACGGCGAUGUUGUCCAGGGCUCCUACUCGCUGAUCGAGGCCGACGGCACGCGCAGAAUUGUGGAGUACACCGCUGAUCCUGUCCAUGGCUUCAAUGCGGUGGUGCAUCGCGAGGGUGUCGCUGUCAAGGCUGUGGCUCCAGUGGCUAAGGUCUUGGCACCAGCUCCACUGCUCCACGCUCCGUUGGUGGCCAAGCUGCCAGCCCUGGCGCCCGCCUAUGGUCCAGCACUGGCUCCCGCCUAUGCUCCAGCUUUGGGUCCAGCUCUGGCUCCUGCUUAUCGCCCGGCUCUGGCUCCCGCCUACUCGCCCCUGGGCUAUCACUAAGUCAAGCUCCACUCAAACUGAACACUGAUCACAAAUGUUGCCGACCUCUUGACCCGCGACACUUCGCCAACCCGCAGAAGUUCUAAACCUAUCGUAGUCGAUAGUUGUAGUAUUUAGUUAAAAUGCCAGCGAUAUAUAUCGUUGCACUUGUGUACAUACGAAUUCACUCGAUUGGGCUUGAUGAUGCCACUUCAAUGCCAAUCGCUCUCAUCUACACUCACAUUCGACGCCUUUCCCAUGUACGUUUCUUGUCUACUUAAUCUUAAGGCUGUUUCGA